CACGUUUCUUGAAACCUACUUGAGAGGUUAGUGAUGUGUCAAUUUGUACGGGAAUUGGAUAAGCUAAUCCUUUUAAUGUUGGGUGGGGCCAUGCUGGUCCCAUUUAGGGGGGUCUAACAAUGGUACUGUAGUACCAGAUAGACAGUAACCGGGUGACACGUGGAAUUGUUUAUUAAUUGACACGUAACGUGACGUUGAAAUUAGCGCGUGAUUGAAAACAACUCAGCGCCAGCUGGCACCACUUGGUGUCUGCUGGCCGACCUUAUCCCAUUCUCUUUUUUUAUUACCUUUUUUUUUCCCCUUAAUUUCUAAUUUUUGUAUUUUUUUCAAAAGCAAGAACCAUUGUAGAGAGAGAGAGAGAGAGACAAGAGAGUUGAAGGUGAGUUGGAGAUACGGGGGGAGAGACCAAACCCUAGAUUUCUUCAGACUGAGUACAGAAAUCCCAGAAAAAGCUACCAAUUUGAAUAAUUUCACACGGAGAUCGUGCAUAAUAGUACUUGUUUCACGCGAAAAGUAGUCUUGGGUUUGGUUUACUUUUUGAAUUGAAGAUCUUGUGAAAAAAAUAAAGGGUUAAAGAUGAUGUCUAGAUCGUAUACCAAUCUGUUAGAUCUAGCGUCUGGGAAUUUCCCGGUGAUGGGGCGGGAAAGGAAGCGUCUUCCUCGGGUAAUGACGGUCCCGGGGAUUAUAUCAGAGCUUGAUGAUGAUCAGGCUAAUAGUGUGACUUCAGAUGUACCAUCGUCUGUUGUUGGAGAGCGAAUAAUUGUUGUGGCAAAUCAGCUUCCGGUGAAAGCGAAGCGUAGACCGGACAAUAAAGGCUGGAGUUUUAGUUGGGAUGAAGAUUCGUUGUUAUUGCAUAUUAAGGAUGGUUUGCCGGAGGAAAUGGAUGUUAUUUAUGUUGGGUCUUUAAGAGUUGAGGUUGAUUCGAGUGAAAGCGAUGAUGUGUCACAGCUGUUGUUGGAUAGAUUUAACUGUGUCCCGGCUUUUCUGCCUCACUUAGGGAGCCGGCUCUCUCCCCCUGAGAGCCGUCUCUGCUCCAUGCGUCUUCUCUGCUUCGUCCGGUUGCCUUUUGCGCUUCCGGCGAAGCUUCCAGUCCCUGUCCCAACACUUUUAACAUCCUUAGGGUCUAAUUUAAAUCUAGACAUUCCUAGAAACCCCUCACAUUCCAUUAGGAAUUAAAUUACAGAAGUUCAAUACAUAACCAAAACAGUUUAUGCGUGAACCGAUUUCAGUUAUUUAAAACCGGCAAAAUUCCAAGUCUCUAUCCGAAUUGUUUUUAAACUUCUUAGGGUCUACUUUAAAUCCAAACAGUCCUAGAAACUCUUUAAAACCCUUAUGAAUUGAUUAUCAAAAACUUAACACACUCGGAACAGUUUUAAGACCAAACCAGUUACAGUUUAAACAAAGGCAAACAACGGAUUACAGUUUGAUUUAAUUAUGCAUAACACAUCCAUUUUUAAUAUUUAAUUAACGUCCUGGAGUCUAUUUGGAAUGCACAGAACACAAAUUUACAAGAAAGAGAUAGACUGAACCUUGCCUUGAGAUUUCGGUGUGAAACCUUAAGCGUCGUCUCUAAGUUUAAGUUUCAGGACUCUCCGAGUCUGUUUCCCCUCUGCUCUGCUCACAGUUCCAUCCAGAAGUAACCCCUCUGUUCUUCCUCCAGUCUUCCUCCUUUAGCCUCACAGAAAAUCACCCGAGACCCUCUCUGUUUAUCUCAAGACCAGUCUAGAGCCUCUGUUUUCCUUCUCACAAAUAUUACGUGAGUAGGAUUAUUCCCAACCCUAGCAGACUUAAAAGAAAAUAUAUAUAGACGUCCCAAACCCUAAUCUACGGAACUCUAUAUCUACCGGGUUUAAUUUAAAACCUAAUAUAAGUCUGCAUCCAUACUAUAUAAAAAUAAAACCCUAAUCCUAUAUCAUAUACAAGACCAAAUAAAACAAUUAAUUUAGACAACUAAACAAUUAAAAUUAAACAAUUACUUUAAAAUAAAUACACAAUUAAAAUUAAACAAUUACUUUAAAACAAAUAAACAAGUAAUUUGGAAUCAAGAACAAAUAGACAAUUAAUUUAAAAUAAAGAAACAAUUAAACAAUUACACAAAUGAGCACAUAAAUCACAUAAUGAAAUAAAAAUGCAAUAAAAUUAAAUUUAAAUUCCCAUUGUAUCCUUUUGAAAACUAGGGAUAUUACACCCCCCGACCACCCACCCACACACACAAUCUAAUUUGUUAUUAAAAAUUUAUAGAAAUAGGAAAUAAAAAUAAAUUAAAUUAGAAAAAUAUAUAAUAUAAUGAGAUGCAUAACAUUUUAUUUAAAACUAAAUUAUGAUUUUUAUUCUUAAAUCGAGGAUACGUACUUACCUCUUGAAAUAGGAGUCUAAAUAUAUAUAUAUAUAUAUAUAUAUAUAUAUAUAUAUAUAUGAAAAGUAACUAGAUUUGACAGCCUGGAACAAUAGCUAAUUACGGUUUUUAUAAUAAAUAAAUAAAACAUGUUUCACUACGAUCUAACAAAAAAAAAUAAAAAACAUGUUUUACUAAGAUCUAACUAAAAUAGAAAUGCAAGAAAGAAUUAAAUAAAUUUGAAGUUCAUCCAUUACUUCGAAAUUUAGAAUUUCAACAUUUAAUUUUUGAGGUUGGAUAUCAAGUUUUUGAUGCCAUAUUUGGCGUUUGUAAGCAAGAAGAAAAAUAAAAAUAAAAAUAAAUAACUAGUAGGUCUAAUCAGCGUUUUGGAGUGAAAAAAAAAAAAAAUCGGCAAAUUUCUAUUUAUAUAUUUUUCGUUAUAGCACAUGUAUUGGCCCCAUAACACGAGCACUAUUUAAGUCAGAAGUGCGAUUUUAAAGCGAGAUCUCAAAAUUCCUAUUUUUUUUUUUUUUCCCGGCAAUUAACCAUUUAAAAUUAUUGUUGAAGUAUUUUUAGCAAAAACACAUUUGUGGUGUAAUAGUUAGGAUGCUUGUCUCUUGAAAAUAAGAGCAUAUUUGAUUCUUACUAAAACUAUUUUUUUCAUUUUACCAAGGGUAAAGUGCAAAUAAAUAAAUAAAUAAAUUGUUAUGUGCAAAUGUUAUUGAUGAUCAAAAAACCUCCUACAAUUUUUAAAUUUAGCAAAAAAAAGACCUUUUGUCCAUUUGAAGAUUCAAUAUAUUUAAAAUGUACUUAAAACAAAAUAAUUAUAAAACAUUUAUUAAGAAGGGUAUUUUGGAGUUUUAAUAAUUUUUCGGUCAAAAUUGAGGUGAAGAAACAAUUUGCACAUAUUUUAAGUGUUGUGAUUUAUAUGCGCAUGGUAAAUAGAAAUUUGGCGUGCAUAUCGAUCACUAUUCACACACAAUUUAUAUGCAAGUUAAGGUAAUAGUUGCUAAUUCUACAACCCUUCGAGGUCAAGCUUCAUAUUACUUGUCUGCCCAUUUAAAUAUGAAAACUUUAAGGGGGUCAUUGUCAUUUUAGGAAACUAGUAGCAUGUUUCUCAAAAUUGUCUACAUAGCUGUAACCAGUCAAUAUUUAGGUAAAGCGAACCAGUCAAAAAAAACACACACACCACCUCAUGGUUUGAAUUUUUUGGUCACAAAAUUAAAUAUUUAACCCCCAGUCUUUUGUUUUUUCCCAAACCUACCUUGCCUGCAAAUCCAAUCCAUUUAAUAAAAUCACAAGGACGAAAGUGACAUUUUCUCGUAAGCUAGUUGUUCCAACCAGAUUGUAUUUAUAUAUGCGCACCACCACCAACCAGACAUUUAACUAAACAAAAUCAACAAACACGCAGGCCGCCAGGCACGUGCCGCCACGUGGUCAAUGGCACGUAACGGGUGACGUCACCGAAAGCCAGGUCACGCCCAUUUUCUGUCUUACCACCCUAUCCGCUAGAAUUGCCCCCUCGCCUCGCCACGUGGCGACACUACUGUAGCGUAGACCUGUUCCACUUCGCUACGUCGGGGAUCACAGUAAUGACCAGUCGCUUUCGACCCAUUUGCUCCCACGUGGCCUAUUGGUC